AGACUCUCUCUCUCUCUCUCCCUCUUCCUCUUUCCCCCCUCUCUCUCUCUUCUGCAUUGUGGUUAACGGUUUUCUCCCUUUCUUGCCUUGUUGUAUUCUCUUUGUCCUCUCCCUACUUUUCCUGGAUCGCCACUCCAUUAUUUUGAGAAUUGAUGGAUACCCAUUAUGGUUUUUGAUAGAAAUAGGGGGCUGUGGUGUUGAUUCUUGGUUGCCCCAUCAGUGGCCUUGUACCCUCUCUAGUCAUUAUCUAUGGUGCUGGCCUUGCUAUUUUCAGUGAACAGACUAUUGAUGAAUCUUUAGGUGGGUUGGUCUGUCCCAGCAAUGGCGGUAGUUUCAAUCUGGUCAAGGGACUAAUGAUUUUUUUUUUCUUCUCCGGGUGAGUGGCAAUCAACGCUUCUUCUUUAGAGGAGGUAGUGAGCCACUGAUUCUCUUCUUCUGUUGCAUAUAAGUUGGUGGAGGAUGCCUCUCUUGUAACGAUGUCGUUGAUAGACGAUUUCCACAUGAGGAUUCCCCACUUGUAUAGGUGCCCGAUUUCUCUGGAUUUGUUCAGUGAUCCAGUUACUCUCAGCACAGGGCAGACUUAUGACAGGUCCAGCAUAGAGAAAUGGUUUGCAGAUGGAAAUGACACAUGUCCUGUGACCAUGCAGAGACUCCGUGACUUCACCAUGGUUCCAAAUCGCACCCUCAGGCACCUGAUCGACAAUUGGUUGCUAAUGGAAGCCCAGCUUGAUCCACAAUGCCAGGAAGUGAUUGGCCCCCAUGCUUCAAUUGGUUCCCUCAAGUUUAAUUUGCAGUCUGUGGAAGCCGCCCCUAGUCUGAAGCUCGACACACUCAGGAAGAUCAGAGCUUUAACCAAGGAAUCUGACAUGAGAAGAUCUUGCUUUGUCCAAUUGGACUUCCUUCCUCUGCUGCUUCAGCUCGUGUUCCAAGUCCCCGAACCAAGGAAUGAACUAAAAUGCGAAGAUUUGGAACUUGCAGAAGAAGGUCUCUGCUGCAUCCUGAACUUACUCAAGCCCCCUUGCACAGACAAGUUUGCAGCACUGAACAUGAUGAAGAGUUCUGCUUGUCUCAAUCCCUUGCUUAAUUUACUGGAGCAAGGGGGAACGAAGAUCAAAAUGAGUGUGUGCCAACUUGUGGAAGCAAUUACUUCUUUUCCGCAGACACAGGGACUCAAUUUGAUCUUGGGGAAAACUGAGAGACUAGUAAGAGGUUUGGUUCGUCUUCUUCAGUGCAGGAAGCAUAUCAGCCUAUCAAAUGCAGCACUUCGAGCUGUUCGUGGUCUCUGUUCUUUGAAUUCAAACCAUGAAGACAUCAUCAGAGCUGGAGCAAUGGACGGCCUGAUUGCAUCUAUUCAAGAGGAUGACAAGCGCAUCACCUCCUGUGCUCUAACCACAAUUGAGGUUCUAUCAAUUCACGACAGCGGGAAAAGGGCCUUGGUUGAUAAUGAAAAGGCAGUCCCUGUUCUCGUCAAGAUGCUCUUCAGAGUCUCUGACAGUGGAGGAAGCGAAAUCGCUGUUGGUUUGCUUCUGGAUGUCUGUCAAAAUUCACCGCAGGCUCAGGAAACAGCAAUCCGAGCCGGCGCUGUGACUCAGAUAUUGCUUCUGUUACAAAGCCAAUGCAGCUUCAGGGCAAAAAGCAAGGCCAGGAUGCUGCUGAAGCUUCUCAGAUCAAUGUGGACUGAAGAUCCAUGCAUGUAUGGAGCGCAGUACGGUGUAGUUGAAUCAUAAUUAAAAGAAACAAAAAGAAAUCCAAAAUUUUUUGUCA